ACACACCGACCCGUCCGAGUACAGGCUCGCGCGCCGCUCCGAGCUUUGUUCUUCUUCAGAGGCGGAUAGGGACGGUCUGUGCGGAGUCCUGCGAUGAUCGCGUGAUUUCAGGGGUUUGGUUUGAACAUAUGUAGAGCAGCAGAUCCGCCCCGGCUCUAACACUCCGCUCCCCGCCGCUAUUGAUUGAUUGGUUGAUUAAUUGAUUGGGUUUCUUCCCCACCGAUCAGAAUUCCAUCUGACCAAGAUAGGCGGCUCGGGCACCAAGAUGUCGAACCGAAUGGUGUGCAGAGAAGCCAGCCACGCCGGCAGCUGGUACACCGCCUCAGGAUCCCAGCUGAAUGCACAACUGGAGGGCUGGUUAUCUCAAGCACAAUCCACAGCAGGACCUGCUAGAGCCAUUAUAGCACCGCAUGCUGGGUAUACCUAUUGCGGGGCUUGUGCGGCGCAUGCCUAUAAGCAGGUGGAUCCCUCGAUUACCCGGAGAGUGUUUAUUCUCGGACCGUCGCACCACGUGCCGCUGUCCCGGUGUGCCCUCUCUCCUGCUGAGGUCUACAGAACACCACUGUAUGACCUGAGGAUUGACCAGAAGGUUUAUGCUGACCUGUGGAAGACGGGCAUGUUUGAGAGGAUGACUCUGCAGACAGAUGAAGAUGAGCACAGCAUUGAGAUGCACCUGCCUUACACUGCCAAAGCCAUGGAGAGCUAUAAAGACGAGUUCAGCAUUGUUCCCGUUCUGGUGGGAGCUCUGAGCGAGUCUAAAGAACAGGAGUACGGCAAGCUGCUCAGCAAAUAUCUAGCUGAUCCUUCUAACCUGUUCAUCAUCUCAUCAGACUUCUGCCACUGGGGUCAGCGAUUCCGCUACACCUACUACGAUGAAAAUCAAGGCGAGAUUUAUAGAUCUAUCGAGCAUCUCGACAAGAUGGGUAUGGGAAUUAUAGAACAGCUGGACCCAGUUUCCUUUAGUAACUACUUGAAGAAAUAUCACAAUACUAUUUGUGGUCGCCACCCCAUUGGUGUUCUACUGAAUGCCGUGGCAGAGCUGAAGAAGAACGGGUUAGACAUGAACUUUUCUUUCCUGAACUAUGCUCAGUCCAGUCAGUGCCGAAACUGGUCAGACAGCUCAGUGAGUUACGCCGCUGGAGCUCUGGUCGUACAUUGAGACCCACAGUUCCCAGUGUUCAGCCCAGAGGAACCGGGCCUGCCUCCAUCUGCCCUCGUAGAUGUUCUCAGCAGAUCCCACUCUUCUGAAGGUGUACGGGGAAGGAUCUGUCUGCCUUGCCAAUUCAUUAUGGGAGGUCUGAGCCUCUCCGUCACAUAUGGAGAUUAAAAGCUGACACAAGUGUUUAGUUCAAUGAAAAACAAGUAUCUCCAUUUUUAUCGAUUGUUGGAUUACCACAUAAUUCAUACACAUUAACUGUUCUUUACACUGUGUUAAAAAUAUACUCUUGUUACAUUGACUUUCACUAAAAGUCAAGAAGGUUUUAUCUCUCCUGUAAUACUGCUGUUUUUGUUUUAUGGAGAUACAUGUUUUUCAUUAAACAGCGACGAUUUAUUUAAAGGCAUAAUUCAUUGUAAAAAAAAAAGUGGCUGUUGAGAAAAAAAAAAAAAAAAAAAUAUAUAUAUAUAUAUAUAUAUAUAUAUAUAUAUAUAUAUAUAUAUAUAUAUAUAUAUAUAUAUAUAUAUAUAUAUAUAUAAAUUUACAAUCAAUUUAUUUCCAGAUCUUUUCCAUCUUUCUUUGUUUUACCUCUGGACUACAAUCAUAUUUUGAAUCAAAUGUUUUGCCUUAAUUUUAAUUUUUGGAUCAGAGUAUUUACUAUUGAAAUCAGAAAAUCAUAAUUUUAUUAUUUCAACAUAUGUUUUUAAAAGCAAAUUUCACCACCUCAAAGCACCUCACUUGUUUAAAACGCACAAAAAAGCGCAUUGUUACGUUUAAAAAGCAAGGACAAAUGUGCUAAACCAACUAUUUGCAUGGGGUGCAACCAAAAAUAAAAAAUUAAUCACUUUUUGGCAAAAAAAAACCACAAGUUUUCAGCCCAUGCUUCAAGGCAUUUGUCAGAUAUACCAAUUUCUGACAAGCUUUUAAUGAGGUAAAGUAGUAAAUUUGAUUUAUGCCAUAAAAAGUGCAAGUUGAUCAAAAGUUAAUUAAAAGUAAAUAGAUUUCAAAUGCUUAUGUCAGCUUUCAAGCUCCGUUCAAAUACCCUGCUCUGAAGAAUAUAACCAUAUUGUGUACUGUUUGUUAGGAUAGUUUAUUCUAUUUUGUUGUUGUUCAUUUUAGUAUAUAUAUAUAUAUAUAUAUAUUCUUUGGUUUAUGCUUAAUGUUAACACCGGUUUACACAUUGUCACGGAUCCAUCUACGUGGACGAUUAACUAAAACACUCCUGAGUGAAGGAGUUCUUUUUUGAAUCUCAGGUUACAUUGAUGAAGAGUUAAAGAGUGCUUUGCUGAGAAAGAUGAAACGGUCAUGAUUGAUGUUUCGAAGAAAGAAAAAAAAAGAGUAAAAUGACUGAAAAAUUUA